GUGCACCGAUCCUGCCAUGGUUCAGCGCCGCAGACCGUCACUAGAUCAAUGAAGUGGUGCAGUGACGCCCGUUCUUUCUUUUCUCCAGUUUCAGAAGAGAGUUUUACAGUCCUCAGUUCGACCACACUGUUGGAGAAUAACUGGGUUCAUUCGAACUAAUUAUUAGUCGUAUUUUCAUCGCCACCAUUCCCCGUUCCUUCUGAAGCCUACGCCAGCCAGCUGAGGUGUGUGCGUAGGGUUUGCCAGUCUGAGCUCGUCCGGACGCUCCCUCCUCGCGAGGUAGAUUUCCAAGAGAGAGAUCAAGGCCAAAUCCCGCCUUCUCGCCGCUGCGAAGGCGAGGUGGCUGCUCGCAAUGGGCCGUGCGAUAUUGCACGCGCUGAGUGAGCGACUGCUCGCUGUUGUUGGUCUACUCGCGCUACUAACGUUACAAGGCACAGAAUGCGCACGGCCGGUGUUCACCCAGAAGUUCUACUCGAAAGUCAUCGACGAAGGUGCAGGUACACCCAUAGGGACCUCUGUGGCAACCGUACACGCAACAGAUGAUGACCCUGGUGAUGUCCUCACAUAUGGGCUCAGUCCUGCUGCAUUCGACGGUUUCGAUAUUAAUACAGCAACUGGUUUGAUCACAACAAAGAAGUUGUUUGAUGCUGAGAUCAAAACCUCGUACCCAUUUCAGGCGACUGUUCAUGACAGCACGGAUACAUCGUUCAAGGACACGGCCCAGAUCUUUGUCUACGUCGACAACGUGAACGAAGUUGGUCCCACGUUCAUCGGCAUCCCGUACCAAAGCCCUAAUAUCUCUGAGCUGAGUCCAGUAGAUACACACGUGAUCACUGUAGCAGCGACUGACCUUGACCAUGGUGACCAAGUACAGUAUUCCCUAUUCGCUACACCAGGGUCUAGCAAGUUCAAGAUGGGAUCGAACUCAGGGAUGAUCACCACAGCGCCAGGCGCGGUGUUCAACUACAGCAUUCAGACGUCGUACAGACUCACCGUCAUUGCCAAGGAUACCCCAGGUGAUGGUUCACCGCAGUUCAGUUCCAACACCACACUGACUGUGUUUAUCUACGAUGAGGACACGCUACUACCUGCGUUCUCACAGCCUACCUACACCGAGUCCAUCUCUGAGAGCCUCAAUGUGAAUGAUCUUGUCCUGACGUUGACUGCAAAUGAUCAAGACUUGGUGGCCAAGAAUCCACUCCGGUUUGGAUUGGACACUGCAAGCACUCCACCGGCCGUACAGAAGUAUUUCGAUGUUGGACCCGUGUCUGGUCAGGUCACACUCAAGGCUGCGCUGGACUACGAGGAUGUAACUCAGCGUACACAGCAGUUCCGCGUCUUCGCUGAGCAAAUCUCCGGUCGCAACAAGGACAUAAAGGUCUAUUCCACGGUUAUCGUCACGGUUACUGAUGCCAACGACAACGAGCCAAAGUUUGAAAAGAACGACUACAACGAGACGGUGAACGAGCAGGCCCCAAUCGGCCAUGUCGUACUGAAGCUGUCUGCCACCGACGCAGAUGCGUACCCAUACAAUCAGUUCAACUUUUCCUUAGUCAGAGGGUCAGGCAGCAGUGUGGCUAAAAGCAACGACUUCCUAGUGGUCGGUGAUGAGCUGCAAGUCGCAAGGACACUGGACUUUGAGACCACUGCUCUCUAUAGUCUGGUGGUGAGGGUCACCGAGUUUGGUGUUAGCAGCCCGCAGUCAAGCGAUGCCCGUGUUAUCGUGGUGGUCAGCGAUGCCAACGACAACGAUCCCGAAUUCUCCAGUCAGGAGUACCCGGGCACGCAGAAAGAAAACACUGCUGCUGGAACGUCCAUCACAAAGGUCUCUGCAACCGACAGGGACACCGGCAGCUUUGCAACCAUUCGCUACAGCAUCAUUGCAGGGAACGACCGCAACGCUUUCGUCCUGGACAACGUGACCGGUGAAAUCAGCAAUGCCUACAUGCUAGAUUAUGAACGUCAGAAAUCUUACAAGCUAACAGUCCAAGCCAAAGAUCAGGCUCAGCUGCAAGCAAGGACUGACACAGCUAUUGUCAACAUUGGAAUUGAAGACUUGAACGACAAUGCACCGAAAUGGGAUCAAGCUAACUACAGCGUCUCAAUCACUGAGAAUGCUCCUGCAGUGUCUCCGUUGAUCACUGUCGAGGCUAAGGAUGCGGAUGACAAUGCCAAUGGCCAGAUCUCGUACACCUUCCAGCCACCAACAUCAGCAUUUGCCAUCUCAUCCACAGGCGCUAUAACUACACUAAGGUCACUUGACUACGAGCAGCAGAAGCAGUACUCGCUGGGUCUGAUGGCCACGGACCAUGGCGUCCCGAGCAAGAAUGGCACCGCAAUGCUGGUGGUGAACGUCCUGGAUGCCAACGACAACUCACCGCAGUUUGUAGGGCCGAUACCGUUCCAGCGGCAGCUCUCGGAGAACCUGCCACCUGGCACCACGCUGGGACCAGCCAUCAAGGCAACAGAUCUGGAUUCGGGUCUGAACGGAGAAGUCCGCUACUCAAUCUCCGGCAUCUUUGCCGACAGGUUCUUCAUUGAUCCGGUGUUGGGUACACUAAACACUACAGCGUGGUUGGACUAUGAAGACCCGGCAGUGAUCACUCACCAGUAUACACUGCAGGUCACCGCAAGUGAUCAGUCGCCAACCAGCCCACGUACCAACAGCACGACACUUACCAUUUCGGUGACUGAUGAGAAUGACAACCCGCCCGUGUUUGCUGUAAACAAGUAUAGCCAGACGUUGCUAGAGAGUGCCAUUGUAGGAACAACCAUUGCACAGUUGUCGACAAAUGAUGGGGAUACUAUUGCCACGGCCAUAGCAGUAAUGUUUGAGUUUAGCGGUGUCAACGCCUCCUACAAUGGACAGUUCGUCAUCGACAGCACCACCGGCCUGGUUCAGCUGGCCAAGACUCUGGACUAUGAAGCUGGUCACCGCAUCUUUGUGCUCAAGGCUGUGGCGUACAACACGAACAACGUGAGCCUGAGAACAACCACAGAGGCUUCAAUGACCGUCAUCGUUCAGAACGUUAACGACCACUGCCCACACUUUGCACAACACGAGUACAGCAUGUCCGUGUUUGAGGACGUUCCCGUCUUGACGCCGGUUCUGACCGUGGUUGGUAUCGACUUGGACGUCGGUGCCUCUCUAACGUACUCGAUACCAGACGCCACACUGACUAACCAGUUUGCAACGUAUUUCUUCAUGGGAGGUACCACCGGGCAGCUGAGCACAUUCUCCCUUCUUGACUACGAAAAUCCGCUGCAAAGAAGCUUCAUGACAACGGCGCUUGUGAGCGAUGGGACACCCUGCAGCAAAAACAGCAGCAUCGUGCGUAUCACGGUAAAGGACGUCAACGAUAAUGCACCGAAGUUCACGACACCUUCAGUUGCCACCCAGAUUGUGAGCAUCCCAGAAGACACGCCGCGUUCCACGGCUGUCUACACAGUAGCGGCGUCGGACGCGGAUUCGGGAACGUUCGGCGAGGUGCAGUACUUCAUCAAGGCUGCCAGCCCCGCGGGCGCAUUCAGUAUGUCCAAUGGAACCAUUCUCGUCCUGACCGAGUCGGAUUACGAGAUGACGUCACAGCGUGUGUACAGCCUGGAAGUCGGUGCGCAUGACUUGGCCGCACCUCCGGCUAAACGAAUGACUGGAACAACGAUGAUUGAGAUCAGAAUCACGGACAUAAACGACAACGCACCGAUCUUCAAACCUCUCACCUACAGCAAGGGUCUGCCAGAGAGCUCUCCCAUCGACACAGUGAUCUUGACGGUCUCGGCCACCGAUGCUGACACAUCCCUGAACAACAACAACAAGAUCACCUUCAGCAUCAUUGCCGGCGCUGAUGAUGUGUUCAAGGUCAACUCUGUCACUGGCGAGCUGCAAACCAAGAAGCUGCUUGAUCAUGAAAUGGUGGGUUCCUACACGCUGACCAUUCAAGCUCAGGAUGGUGGUACUCCGCGCAUGAACAGCACCACUACGGUUGUUGUCACAGUGGAUGACGUCAAUGACAAUCCACCCAAGUUUGAUCCGACUUUCUAUGAAACUAGUAUUCUAGAGAACUCCCCAGUCCCUACCAACCUCAACGUAAUGAUCAACGCUACAGACCGUGACAGUGGUACAAACGGCCAGCUAGAAUUCAGCUUUCCGGAUAAGAACUCCGGCAACAUUGCAACCGCAUGGAAAAUCGACCCAGUCGGUGGCAUGAUGAGUCAGAUACAGAGUCUGGAUAGAGAGACCUUGGCAAAAUACUCCUUGACGAUACAAGCCAAAGAUCGUGGUGCCUCGCCGCGGGUUGCUACAGCCCAUGUCAACAUCACCAUCAAGGACGUGAACGACAACGCACCGGAGUUCUCGCCAAAGACCUACACGGCCAGCGUGGCUGAGAACAAGGCCGCUGGACAAACGCUGACAACGGUGAUGGCUACGGAUGCCGAUGCUCCUCCUCUCAACAACAAAAUUGUCUUUUCGCUGAUCGGUGCCAAUGCCGGCGACUUUGACAUCGAUCACACGACCGGCGAGAUUACCACACGCAAGCCGUUCAACUACGAGAUGCAGAGCGCGUACACGCUGACGGUGCACGCACGCGACUCCGGCACGCCGACCAUGAGCAACAAUGCCACGGUCGUCGUGACGAUUCUCGACGAGAACGACAACGCGCCCGUCUUCGUGCCCAAAGUCUUCCCGGCCAGGUCCUUCCCCGAGGACAUCACCACGGGAACGGAGGUCUUCCGCUUCAGCGCCACCGACGCCGAUGCACCCGGCACUCCCAACUCUCAGCUGGUGUACUCCAUGACAAAUAGCGAAGGAAAGUUUAACCUGGUGCCCAGCGCUACAGGGCAAUCCAUCAACCUAGCUCAAACUCUGGAUUACGAGUCUAAGAAGUCGUAUCAGCUUCACAUCACCGUUUCGGAUCAGGGGUCACCACCUAAGUCAAACACCACUGUGCUGGAUAUUACUGUGACGGAUGCUAACGACUUGCCUCCGGUGUUUACUCCGUCUGUCUAUACGCCGAAUGUGUUCGAAAACAGCUCCGUGCCAGUCCCGAUCGUCACGGUAACCGCUAUGGACGGAGACAUGGGCUCCAACGCCGUAAUCACGUACUCAUUCAGCGGCGGGGACACGUCGUAUUUCAGCAUCAACUCGACGUCCGGUGUCAUAUCCUCGCGAACCGACAAGAAGCUGGACUACGAACUGCCGUCACCAAGAAGCUUUACCCUGACAGUGAAGGCAACGGACAGUGGUGCCACCACUAUGUCGGCUACAUGCACCGUGCAAAUAUCCGUCCUGGACAUUAACGACAACCAGCCAAACUUCCUCAAUGCCCCGUAUAGUCCCACGAUCGAGGAAGAUGCGGGUGUAGGCCGCACUGUUGUUCAGGUUGAUGCAUCCGAUGUGGACAGCACAACGCUGACCUACUUGCUAGCCACGCCGAGCAGCUAUUUCCUCCUCAACCCCAGCUCGGGUGUGAUCACCACCAAGACGACUCUGCCCACGUUCGAGACGGUCAAGACGCACACCGUCAAUGUACGGGUUACGGACGGCAAGUGGAACGCCACCACUGCCGUUACGAUCACCGUCCUGAACCAGAAUACCCACCGGCCAAAGUUUUAUCCUCAGUCCGUGUACAGUGUUGAUGUCAAGGAGUCAGCAGCGCCUGGUACCAAUUUCCUAGAGGUGUUUGCUAACGACACAGACGAGGGCAACAAUGGAAAAAUCAAGUACAAUCUGGCCACUGGACGCGGUGAUCUAUUCCAGCUGGACGAGACCAAUGGCAAGCUGGUUCUCCUCAAAGCACUCGAUCGUGAAACGCAAGACAAGUACCAGCUGACUGUGACGGCCAACGACGAGUCUCCGAAGAUCAAGCUGACUGCAACAGCACAGAUUGAUAUUCAAGUUCUGGAUGUUGAUGAUCAACACCCAGUGUUCCAGUUCAGUUCCUAUUCCGGUGCAGUCCUGGAGAAUCAAACUGCUGAGUUAUCAGUCGCUACCGUCAAAGCUACGGAUAAGGAUCUGGGCAUUAAUGCACAGAUCUACUACAAUAUCACCAGUGGUGAUGCAGGCUUCUUCCAAAUCAAGGACCCCACCAACGGCAAGAUCACCACAAGAGGCACGGGCAUGCUGGACCGGGAAGCCACGCCCGCCGACCCGGCGUACACACUCACGGUCACAGCAACGGAUCUCGGCUCGGCGCAUCUGCAGAACACCACGACGGUCACCGUUACCCUGCUCGACAUCAACGACAAUCCACCCGUCUUCUCGCAGAAAUCGUACCCUGUCAGCAUCGGAGAGGAUGCUCCUGGAGCGAUAUCUAUCCUGCAAGUAUCGUCGACGGACAAGGACAUUGGAACAAACGCUUUCAGGACAUUCACCAUUGUGUCUGUAUCCCCGCCUAGCCCCGGCCUGUUCAGAAUGACAGCCGACGGUGUGUUGGAAACAGGUAGCACUUCCUUCGAUCGCGAAAAGGUGCCAGCAUACACGCUGAACAUUCAGGUCGAGGAUGGUACGGCUGCAACGACCCCCAGAUACACGGACACGGCAACAGUGCAAGUAACAAUACUGGACAUCAACGACAAUCCGCCCAAGUUUCUUAGUUCGUCAUACUCCGACCGCUUGGAGGAAAGCAAUGCAAGCCGCAAUGCAGUGAUCACGACCGUGUCCGCUAAUGAUCCCGACGAAGGCUUGAACGGCACGGUUGCUUACGCGAUCACGGCUGGCAACACUCUUGGUAACUUCACCAUCAAUCCCAUCACGGGUCUGAUCACAGUCAUGGGCACACUGGACCGUGAAGCAGCCGGACUCACACUGAACAGCGACGGUACGGGUGUGAUGACCCUGACGGUGACCGCCUACGACCGGAACAACACCAAGGGAACAGACCCGCUCGUUAUGACCGCUACCACCACGGUUACCGUGACGAUCACCGACGCCAACGACAACCAGCCCUCGUUUGGCGCCAGUUCCCCGAGUGCCAAACUGCCCGAGAGUACAGCGGUCACCAGCACCGUGACGACCGUCAGCGCUAGCGAUCGUGACGUGGGGCUCAACGCUCAGAUCCGCUACUCUAUCUCCAGUGUACUUAGGCCAAGCUCCAGUACAACUGAUGAUUUCGCUGUCAACGCCGUAACGGGUGUGAUCACGGUGGCAUCGCGACUCAAUGCCGAAAUGGAUUCCUGGUACACGCUCACAAUCAAAGCUACCGACCGGGAUGGACUGGGCCUCUCCUCAACGACAAGUGUGGACAUCACGGUCACCGACAUCAAUGAAAUAGCUCCGGCUUUCGUAGCUCAAACGUACACGGGUACAGUUCUGGAGAACUCGCCGGUCGCUACUGGUACAAACGUCACCGUAAUGGCUGUGGACACUGACUUGCUGCCGGCCAACAAGAACAUAACGUACUCCAUCACCGCCGGGAAUACGCUGAGCAGCUUCCGCAUCGACGACAAGACGGGCAAGAUCACGACAACGAAAACGAUUGAUCGUGAGACAAACCCUUUCUUCAGCAUGACGGUGGUGGCGAAUGACCGUGGAACUCCGCCGCUGCAGGGAUCAUGCACGGUGAACAUUGCAAUUCUUGACGAGAACGACAAUGAUCCCAAACUGGAGAGAUCUACCUACACGGUCAGCAUUGCGGAAAACACCGGAGCUGGAAUGUCUAUUACCUUGUCACCAGAGAUAGAUGCGCAGGACGCUGACAUCGGCAUCAACAAGAAGAUCACGUACACCCUGAGUGGUGUGGGCAGCGAACAGUUCUCCUUGGACUCUGAAACUGCUGAGCUGUUCACUGCCAAUGACUCAUCAAGUGGUCUGCCCUCGCUGGAUCGUGAGAGGCAGGCAGGCUAUUCCCUGACGGUGACGGCAACGGACGGUGGCAACCGAACCGAUACCGCCAAGCUCACCGUGAACAUCCUGGAUGCCAACGACAACUACCCGAUGUUUGAUUCCCUGUACUACGCCAUUCCUGACGCUUAUAAUGAAGAAACUCCAGUGGGAAGUAAUCCGUUGAUCACGGUCACGGCCAGCGAUGGUGAUGACCCACUGUCGCCCAACUCCAAAAUUCACUACACUAUCUCAGCGGGCGGCCGGGGUCACUUCACCAUUGGCCGCACGACUGGCAUCAUCACGCUGGCGGCUAGCCUGGACCGUGAGCUGGAGUCCAACUACACUCUGAACAUCACUGCCACUGACGGGGGUGUGACACCACUGCAGAACUACACGACUGUGUUCAUGAACGUGCUGGACUCCAAUGACAACCCUCCACUGUUUCAACCAUCCAACAGCUACGUCGCGGUCAUUCCCGAAGAGGAACCCAGUGGUCGUGGAGUCGCAACGAUUUCAGCCACGGAUGCGGAUAUAUCUACGAAUGGUGAGGUGACAUACGCCAUGGUGGAUGACGACGGUUCGGGACUCAGCAUCCUGGGCAACACUGGCAUUGUGACAACAACGAGGAAGCUCGACUUUGAAACCAAGCAACGCUAUCGGGUGAUUCUCGCAGCCCGGGAUCACGGCUUUCCUGUCAACGUCAGGAAUGCCACACUUGACCUCACACUGACCGACAUCAACGACAAUGCACCCAUCUUUACAUCUACCAGCGGAUACACAGCUGCUUUCUCGGAAACGACAGUACCUCCAGCACAGCUUCUGCACUUUGUUGCAAAUGACGCCGACUCUGGAUCCAAUGGACAGGUUCGCUAUUACCUGGACACCAACACCACAUUCUUUUCCCUGGACCCAGUCACUGGAAUUCUGAGUCUUGAUCAGCCUGUCAGUGCCGAUGCUGGUUUCCAAAGCUUCACGCUGACUAUCAACGCCACUGACCUUGGCACACCAUCUAUGACCAGUGUUACAACAGCUACUAUCAAAGUCAAUGAUAUCAACUCCCACGCUCCCAUCUUCAACCAGUCAACGCAAUACACUGGACAGGUCCUGGAAAACGAUUUGACGAUCUUCCCACCACUGGUGCAGGUUGCUGCGUAUGAAAUCGACCGUGACGGAAAGACCCAACCAAUCACGUUUGCUCUGGCGUUGAAUAUUGGCAACAAGUUCAAGAUCGAUUCGCAGACGGGUGUGAUUCGAGCCAUUAAAGCACUGGAUCGUGAGGUACAGAGUCUUCACUCAUUGACUGCGGUAGCUACGGAUGGUGUGCACAACAGCACAGCAAUUGUUGCAAUCACAGUACUGGAUGUGAAUGACAAUCCACCAAUCCUGCCGUUCACUCAACUCACACGCUACAUCGAUGAGAAUGUUGCCAACGGUACUGAAGCAGUGUCCACGACACUCAUCAGCGCUAGCGAUGCAGAUAUCGGCGUAAAUGCAUUGCUGACUUAUGAGAUCAUCGGUACCGGCAAUAUCGCUGGUGCAUUUUCUUGUGACAAUGCCACCGGCAGGCUGACAGUCAGUAACAACAUUGACCGCGAGACACUUGCCCAGUACACGUUUGAUGUGCAGGUGCAUGACAAUGGCAUACCCAGAAUGUCAGACAUCGCAACCAUCACUAUAUUCGUCAACGACUUGAACGACAACUCACCCGUCUUCAGUCCGGCUACCUACAGCGAGUCCAUCAAGGAAGACGAAGACGGCGGAACAACAGUUGUGCAAGUCAAGGCUUCCGACAUUGAUCUGGGAAGUAAUUCCAGGCUUACGUAUGGUCUGGCCGGAGGUGACAUGGGGCAAUUCAGAAUUGAAGCUGACACCGGCUGGCUUCGCACCGUUGGCCGGUUGGAUUUCGAGACGACCGAGUCGUACACGAUCAACGUGAGCGUGCAUGACAACGGCGCUGUCCCGCGCUACACAUUCACCACGGCCGAUGUCAGCGUUCUGGAUGUGAACGACUGGACGCCCGUGUUUGAGUUCCCGCAAUACUCCAGCGCCGUGCUGGAGAAUGUCACUAUUGGCACAACACUGCUGACGGUGAAUGCCAGCGAUGGAGACGGCAGUAGUCCAAACAACGUGUUCCGUUUCACCCUGACAAACUGCACACCAGCCGCUGGCCUUCAGCAGUUCUACUUACACGAAGACACCGGGGAGUUCUACACGUCACGUACCCUGGACCGGGAACAGUACGACCAUUAUGACUUCCUGAUCACCGUCACCGACCGUGGCACUCCACGCCUCAGCUCGACAUCAUUGAUCUCGGUGAGAGUUCUUGACGUGGAUGACAAUCCUCCUGUGUUCAUGCCCAAUCACUAUGGACGUCUUGUGUCGGAGGGUGCAAACAUUGGUGAUCAAAUUGUCACAGUGGUAGCAACAGACAGAGAUAUUGGUACCAACGGCAUUGUCCGAUUCUCGGUGGUAUCGGGAGAUGUUGGAGGCCAUUUCCACAUGGACCCAGACAGUGGAUUGCUCACGCUGAUGAAGUCCAUUGAUCGCGAGACACUCAACUACUACCAGCUGGGCAUACAGGCUGUGGACCUAGGCCCCGGAAACUUUGUUGUACCCGCCACAAUCACUAUCAAUGUCACUGAUAUAAAUGACAAUAUCCCAGCAUUCGUACCAGUCUGCAAUGGCUCUGGCAAGGCACUGUCUGUUUAUGAGAACGUGAACGCGGGCUCCAGUAUAGUAGUGCUGCAGGCCAGUGACCGUGAUAUUAGUGACAAUGCUCUUCUGUACUAUCGCAUCACAACCGUGCCGACUCUGCUGAACCCUGUUCCGUUCCAAGUAAACUCACUGACAGGAAAUGUCACGACAACAUCAAUGCUUGACAGAGAACAAAUUGACGAGUACAAGUUCACCAUCCAAGUGCGUGACAAUGGCGUCAGUCCUCUCUCUACGUUCUGCAACGUUCUGCUCAAGAUAUUGGACCUCAACGACAAUCCUCCCGUGUUUGUCAGGAAAAGUGUCCUAGUCAACGUACCGGAAGAUACCCACUCAGGAUAUGUAGUCACUGACAACUCGGCAACAGAUGCAGACAUUGGCACAAACUCAGUUGUCCAGUACAGCUUUCUGUCUGGUAAUGAUGGCAAGCAGUUCUCAAUCAACAAGGACACAGGGGUUGUAACAUUGGUUGGUCCACUAGACCGUGAGAACACAUCGUCCUACCUGCUGAAUAUUGUCGGCCAAAACACCAUGGCAACGCCUGUUUACAACGACACAUACAGGGCACUGGUGACGGUAGUAGAUGUCAAUGACAAUGCUCCGGUGUUCAGCAAGCAGUUGUACACUGUCACCAUAUCAGAGUUUACGACAAUUGGCACCAUUGUUCUUGCCUUGAAAGUCACAGAUGCAGAUCAGGGACAGAACGCUGCAGUGACCUUAGACAUCGUGUCCGGCAACAGUGAUGGACAGAUUCUGAGUUUCUUUGAGCUACGGAACGGCACUAACCUGGUCUUGGCUCACUCGUUGGACUUCGAAACUCGUACAACAUUCUCGCUUGUAGUGCGUGCCACCGACAGCGCAGCCGACACAGCCACACGACUCAGCACACUUGUCACGGUCAUUGUCAACAUCCGCGACGAAAACGACAACCCUCCAGUUUUCACGCCGAUGACCUACAGCUUCUACCUACUGGAGAACUCCACGCUUAACACGGAGCUAGGCAAUGUGAUGGCAAUGGAUAGUGACACGGGUGUGGGUGAACACAUCACGUAUGCCGUCAGCGGUGGUACUGGCAAAGGAGUGUUCGCUAUCGACCCGGACAAUGGCACUGUUUUGCUGGAUAGCAAGUUGGACUAUGAGACGGUGAAGACGUAUACGCUGUUGGUCACAGCCAGUAAUAUCCUGGCUGGUCCGCAUCCAGGCACUGGUGGAGUUCUGACCAGCCAGCCGGCGACAGUCACCAUUACAGUCGGAGACAUCAACGACAACGCGCCGGUGUUCAGUAAAAGCAAUUACGUUGCUGGCAUAUCCCUGGAUGCCCGUCCACCGCAUUCAGUUAUCACAGUUUCGGCGUCCGAUGCAGACAGUGGUCAAUACGGAACAGUACGUUACGUCAUGCCAAACCCUAACCCGGCACCAGGUGCAGUCUUCAGCAUCAACAGUCUAACAGGUGCUGUGCGCUCCGGCUCGGAUUACAGCGAAUUCACCCAGCAGGUUCUGGAUCUGGAUGUGGAGGCAUACGAUAACCUGGGAGAGAAGCCGAGUCUAAUAGGCACUGCGUCAUUGACUGUAUUCUUGCUGGACAAAGCGCGUGGGACUGUUUUCCAUUUCAACACUUCUGUCGAAACAACUGAGGCAAAUCUCACCGCCAUCGCACAGUGGAUAUCCAAUAUCACUGGGGAGUAUGUGCACAUUGACGACGCCAAAAUUCACCGGGAUUCCGGCGGUGAGAUCCGCCCCGGACAAUCGGACGUAACUGCGUAUGUGAUCAAUGCAACAAGCGACACCGUUUUCAGCAUUGCUGAUGUAUUCCGGCUUGUUACUGUCCGACUUGACCCCCGAAUUGGAGACCCAUCCCUCAUAGCAUUUGGAGCAACACAACUGAAGUUCCUUGGUGUUUUGGAGCCUGGUCAUGGCUCUGGAGGUGACAGUCCGCCAGGGGACGAAGCCGAAGCGUCUAUCCUGCAAAAGAGCUACUUUGUGGCCCUGAUCACUAUCGCCUGCAUUCUCUUCAUUGUACUUCUGCUUAUUCUGAUCGCCAUCUGCUGUCUGAGAAAGAGGAGAAAGAUUCGCCAGCGCCACCAGCAACUUCUGUGGGAGAGCAACUUCUUUGCCACACCGCCCGCAUCGAUGACCAGCGUUGAGCAGUACCAGAACGAUGAUGUAUCCAUGGGCGAUCAGAGAGAACUCAUCGACAUGGCACAGGCGAAAAAGAAGAAGAAGAAGAAGACUUCAUCUGACUUCCAGAUGAACCCGAUCUGGGUACAGCCCAAUGCAUUGUGGGAGGAUGGUGGAGAGGCACGUGGAAACGCACACCGCGGCCAACACGGCAUGGACGACGAGGAGGAAGAGGUCACCGUCAGGACUACCUAUGAAUCCGAGGGAGAGCAGCGCGGCGGUGGAAGAUACGCGUUCAGCAAUCCGGUCACAACCAUCGAGGAGUACGAGGAGACUGGACCGAGCGCCGUAUCGAUGGACAUGCGAGACAACCCACUCUAUGAAUCUCAGGAAAUCAAGAUGGACAUGUUCUACACAAGCGAGAGUGAGGAUGACGACGACAAUCAUCCCCCGUACGGAAGAAACGAGUUCAACGAGCCGUCUGUCGAGGACCUGGAUCAGAUGGGUAGCGAUGCGCAGCUGCUCGAGGCCACCAUUGAGCUUGAGGAAACCGAAGCCGAGGACCCCAUGACUCUCAUUUGAUUCCACAUCAUGUCCUUCAAUGUGUUUCCAUAAUUACUGCGCAUUCCUGGUGCGCAGUGCAUGUAAAUUUAGUUACGGUCAAGAAAAUCUGCCAGCAAUUAGUUUCUCACCGGGAAAUGCACUUUUCCCAAUUGCAAAAAUGCAACGACGACCAACAUAACAUAAACAGCAGAAUGUCUCUGGCCGUUGCUAUGCCUUUGUGUGCUUUGCUGUGCCCUAGCUAUUGUAUAGAUUGCUAUCUGCAACUAGUACCUGAACAACUCUGCAACUGCAUCCCACGGCUUUGUAUAGCACGCUUUUUCUAGGACUGGACGCACCUUCAACAUUCUGAGACUAUGGUUUCGUACAGAACGCUUUUUCCAGCACCCAACUUACCUUUAGCACUGUGUGACUGCAUUCUGCGGUCUUGCAUAGUAAUAAGUAAACAUUCUCCAGUGCCGAACUUACCCUUAAAAUACUACGCUUUUUCCAGCAUCGAUCAGCUCACCCUGCCUUCCUGGCAUAGAAUAAUUGGAAGGCCUGCCCUCCAUUCAUACGAAUUCCUAACCAUGUGGGCGGGUUGUUUUGGCCAUACUCUACCAAGUCGCCUGCGUGCGUGCUGCGAUUUGUCAUAAUCAUCAUUUCCGACUGCAUACUCCGACCAGUUUGUGUAUUGUUGUUAUACACACUCAGUUUUUUAUGAUUAUUAUUAUUUUUAUCUUUUAUGUUACAGUGCAUACUGUUUAAAAAAUUAUUUUAACAUA